AUGGCAGACUUCCAAGCAAUCUUAAAGGAUGCGAUUGCAAAUGAAGGCUGCGAUGAUGACACCAUUGCUUACAUGGCUGGUAAGACGAGAAAAAUGGUAAGAAGAAUAAGAAAUCAUUUCCCAGGAAUGUUGGAAGAAGAGAGCUCCGCGCUUGAUGAAGCCCUUCUCAUUGAGCUGAUAGGCCCAUUCCUAUCAGAAUUAGAAGUAGAUGUCUCUCAAGUUUGUGCGAAGAUAGCAGCGCGUUUGAGUCAGGAAAAUGGCAAUCUAUCGUCAUCGACCGCAACAUCGACGCCAUCGAGGCCAAACACAACAAAUGGAGAGCCAUUAAUACGGAAGCCGUUCAAUGCUGGAAGCUUCCUCAAUGACGCGCAGUCUGGAUUUAUUGAUCCGUAUUUGGGACUGCAGAAAGUGAACGUGAACUUCAACGCUCAAAUCCCGAUUGCAGAGGCGAUGAAAUUACAAGCAGCUCUUCAAAAAGAAAGAGAAAAACAAUUGCGACUGAUGCGAGAAUGGGAAAAAACAAAACUCCCGUUGCCGAAGCCAUUGAAGCAACACGGAGAUAAAGAGCGACAGAAAGUCACCGACAUUAUUGUUAAUUCAUUCAGCGUUUCAGUUGCGGGACGUGAAUUGUUGAAGGAUGCUUCUUUGAAAAUCGUUAUUGGCAGGAAAUAUGGACUUAUUGGAAGGAAUGGUAUCGGAAAGUCGACAUUUAUCUGUGCACUAGUGCGACAUGAACUUCCUGGCAUUCCUAAAGAUUUGACGAUUGGCUGCGUUGAGCAAGAAAUUUCUGAAGAAGAUUUAAAUGAAAGAGCGAUAGACGCCGUACUGUCUGUUGAUAAAGAACGUAGCGAUCUCCUAGAAGAUGAGAAGAAAAUUCUUGAGAAGCCUCAGACUGACGAAAAUGGAAAACUUCUUGCAAAAAUUUACUCUCGAUUGGAGGAAAUUGACGCACACGCCGCUGAAUCCGAGGGGGCUUCAAUUCUUGCAGGUCUUGGAUUUUCUGUUGAAAUGCAAAAGAUGAAAAUUCGUGAAUUGUCGGGAGGAUGGAGAAUGCGUGUUGCGUUGGCCAGAGCGUUAUUUUCGACUCCAGACAUUUUGUGUCUCGAUGAACCGACGAAUCAUUUGGACCUCCACGCAGUCGCUUGGUUGACGGACCAUCUGCAAUCAUGGAAAACGACAUGCAUCAUUGUCUCCCAUGCAAGAAGUUUCCUGAAUGAUGUUUGCACGGACAUCAUGGAUUUCCGUGAUCAGAAAUUGAAGUACUACCGUGGAGAUUAUGAUACUUAUGAGCGUGUCAAAACUGAAGCAGAUCGUCUUCAACAGCGACAGUUUGAAGCUCAGCAAAUGAAACGAGAACAUGUUCAGAAAUUCAUCGAUCGAUUCAGAGCGAAGGCCGCAAGGGCUGCUCUCGUUCAAUCUCGAAUUAAAGCAUUAGAAAAGCUUCCUAAUCUCGAAGCUGUGUCCCAAGACCCAGCACUGUCAUUCAAAUUCAGCGUUCCUGAAGAAUUGCCCACGCCUGUCCUUCAAUUGGACGAAGCGUGGUUCUCUUAUAGAGCCCUUAAGGAUCGCGCACCUGCUCCCGAUUCCGACGACUGGAUUCUUAAGAAUGUCGAUUUGUCCGUCGAUCUCCAAAGCCGUAUUGCAAUUUGCGGCGUGAAUGGGUGUGGAAAAUCCACUCUGUUGAAGCUUCUAUCGGGAGCUAACGAUCCACAACGUGGAUUUUGCCGUCGAGCCAACAAACUACGGGUUGGGAUUUUCAGCCAAUAUCACGUGGAACAGUUGGAUCUGACGUUGAAUUCAGUGCAGCAAAUACAAGUCAAAUUUCCAGAGUCCAACAUGAAGGAUGAAGAAGUUCGCAAUUAUCUCGGCCGUUUCGGCAUCAGCGGUCUUCUUGCACUGGAACCCUUGUACGUGCUCUCUGGGGGUCAGAAAUCUCGAGUCGCAAUUGCUCUGCUCGCGUUCACAAAUCCCCAUAUCCUGAUUCUGGAUGAACCAACAAAUCACUUAGAUCUCGAUGCAGUCUCCGCCUUGAUCGCAGCUCUGAAUGAAUUCGAAGGAGGAGUUGUUGUCGUUAGUCAUGACACGCAUCUCAUAUCCUGCGUGGCUGAUGAAAUCUACCAUGUUGAUCCCGCUCAACAUACAGUCACGCAAUACAAAGACACCAUCGAGCAAUAUAGGAAAGAUUUAUUGAAACGAAAGCUUUGA